GUGACACGUUCACUAAAAAAAAACCCUUUUGUAGCAAAUCAUUUAUUAAAAAAAAUAAAUAAGCUUAACACAAAAGCAGAAAAAGAAAUAAUAGCAACGUGGUCCCGGGCAUCUACCAUUAUACCCACAAUGAUCGGCCAUACUAUUGCUAUCCAUAAUGGAAAGGGGCAUUUACCUAUUUAUAUAACGGAUCGCAUGGUGGGCCAUAAAUUGGGAGAAUUUUCACCUACUUUAAAUUUCCGGGAACAUGCAAAAAAUGAUAAUAAAUCUCGUCGUUAA